AUGGGUCAGGGUUUGUUCUUACUGGUUAGACUUGUUUACUCUUUGACCAUCAGAUGGCAGGUUGGUUUACCUCCUCCUAGUCCACACUUUGAUGAUGCAGCUAUGGAGUUGUUUGCACAAUGUUUUCCUAUAAAUCUUUCUGGUAACGCGGACCACAAAGGACCAGCUGGCCUUAAUGUGAACGAUCAUGCUGAUUCUAGUCUUAAUGUGGUUCAUGCUGAUGAGGAGAAGGAACCAGCUGGUAAUGUAGUUGAGAACAAUGACGAAGAGAAGGAACUAGCUGGUAAUGUGGUUGAGAACAAUCCUCUUGAUGUGGAUAAUGAAGGCAAUGUUGCUGAGAUCGACACUGGUUUUCUGGAUGAGUUCUUACUUCCUAAUGACAUGUUUGGGGAUGACUUUGAGGAUGACGAGGCAGAUAUUGCUUUUUCGUUUAUUCCUGAGCUUGCUACUGUGGGUGAAGAUGUAACUGACGAUGAUGAUUCCGAGGAAGAAGAUAACGGACCAGGGGAAGAAGUGGGUGAAGAUGAUGCAGAGGAAGAAGAUGAGGAUGAGAUGGUUCUCGAAGCUGCUGCUGGUCCCGGUCGACUUCUUGAAAGCAUUGAGACCCAACCAUCUUCUUCUUCUGAAGAUGAAGACAUGGAGGAGGAAGACACAGAUGAAGACUUUGAAAAGAAGCCUUGUUCCGGUUUCCAGCAAAAGAAGCGUGUUGAUUCGAAACUGGUCAAGACAUCAUCUGGAGUGAUAGUAACUUCUUUUGCUCAAGAAAGCGAAGUGCAGAAGGAUUCUUCUAGUAUUUGGGAAAUGAACAUUUCUGACAUAACGAUCAGUCGAAGAACAAAACUGCCUUCGUCUGAAGAAGGUGAUGGAGACUAUUAG